CCCGCCCCGCGGCGGGGCCUGGCGCCGGUUUUCAGGCGGGCGGCGGCCGGCCGCUCGCACUCGGUGCGUGGCGCGCAAUGCCGUGCGGGCAGCCGAGUGACGGCGCCGCCCCCGCGCUCUACGUAGUUGGGGUGGACGUGGGCAGCACGGCGGUGAAGUGCCACGUCUAUGACCGCGCGGCCGCCGUCAGAGGUUCCGGAUGCAGGAAGGUGGAGGCGCUGUACCCCCGGCCCGGAUGGGUGGAACUGGAUCCCGAAGUUCUGUGGAGGCAGUUUGUCGGUGUCGUAAAAGAAGCUGUGCAAGCUGCUGGACUUCACAUGAGGCAAGUUGCUGCUCUUGGUAUCUCAACACAAAGAUCCACUUUCAUCACAUGGCACAAGAGGACGGGGAAACCUUUUCAUAAUUUCAUAAGCUGGCAAGACUUACGGAGUGCUGAGCUUGUGAAUUCCUGGAAUAGAUCCCUUCUGCUGAAGGUAAUCCAUGUUAUUUUUACAGUGCUUCAUUUCUUUACUGGAAAUGAUCGAUAUUUGGCUCCGAGUUUUCUUACCUUUUCAACACAACAGGCUUCUAUGAAGUUGUCGUGGGUUUUUAAAAACAUACCUGAGGCUGAUGAAGCUGCCAAAAAGAAUAACUGCUGCUUUGGAACAGUGGACACAUGGUUACUGUACAGACUGACUAAAGGUUCUGUAUUUGCUACAGAUUACUCAAAUGCCAGUUCUACAGGUGUUUUUGAACCCUUCACGAGAUGUUGGAACCCCACUUUGUGUAAUUUACUUUCCAUUCCAAUGUCUAUUUAUCCUCCAGUGAAAGACACAAGCUUCAAUUUUGGAUCAGCUGACUCUGAAAUAUUUGGGGUUCCUAUUCCAAUAAUGGCAUUGGUAGCUGACCAGCAGUCAGCAAUGUUUGGAGAAUGCUGCUUUCAGCCAGGAGAUGUUAAACUGACAAUGGGUACAGGUGGUUUCUGGAAUGUUAAUACAGGAGGGAAUCUGUGUGCAUCACGCAGGGGUCUGUAUCCACUGAUUGGUUGGAAGAUUGGGGAAGAAGUUGUUUACUUAACUGAAGGCUCCAUGUCAAACAUUGGCACUACCAUAAAGUGGGCACAGGAUAUAAAUCUUUUCACCAAUGUAGAUGAAACAGCAAAAAUGGCACGGAGUAUUGUUGAUUCUCAAGGCGUUUGUUUUGUUCCAGGUUUUCAGGCUUCUGCAAAUGAUCCAUGCUUAUGUGCCUCUUUCAUGGGGCUGAAACCUACUACUACCAGAAACCAUCUUGUACGAGCUAUCCUGGAAUCUGUAGCUUUCAGAAACAAACAGCUUUUUGAUAUCAUUGUGAAGAAAGUACGCAUUCCUCUUCAAACUGUUCGAGCUGACGGAGGUGUCAGUAAUAACAGUUUUGUCAUGCAGAUGACUUCAGAUUUGAUUAAUAAGAAAAUAGAAAAGCCUUCAAAUACAGAUAUGUCUAGUCUUGGUGCAGCUUUUCUUGCAGGUCUUGCAUCAGGAUUUUGGACUGACAAAGAACAGCUAAAGAAGCUGAGGCGAAUAGAAACAGUUUUUGAGCCUCAGAAGGACGAGGAGGAAUACAAACCUGCUAUGGAUACCUGGAUGCAAGCGGUGAAGUGCUCCUUGCACUGGUAGAAAUU